AUCUCACUACGGGUUCGACUUUUCCGCCAUCUUUAUUGAUUAGCCUUGCCUAGCUCUGAAGCGGCUGCUGGCGCUAGCUAGCUUUAAAUCAGCCUGUAUAGCCUUAAGUAAUGACUUCUAACAUCGCUCUACCUCAGUGGCAUUAAAGUCGGUUUCUUUUAUUACUCAGCAAACAACUGUUGAGGGGCAAUGGGGCUGCCGCAGAGCUCGUUUUUCUCGGACGGGGGGACUUACAGUGGCUAUCAUGUCCACGGGGUUCAAGAGGACUCCCCAGCUCUGAGGGCCGGUCUGGAGCCCUUCUUUGACUUCAUUCUCUCCAUAGGAAAUACACGACUUAAUAAAGAAAGUGACUUGCUGAAAGAUCUUCUGAAAGCCAAUGUGGAGAAAGCAGUCAAACUUGAAGUGUACAACUCUAAAACACAGCGGGUGAGGGAGCUGGAGGUCAUACCCAGUAACAUGUGGGGUGGUCAGGGUCUACUGGGCGCUAGUGUCCGCUACUGCAGCUUCGAAGGAGCCAAUGAGAACGUUUGGCACGUCCUGGAUGUGGAAGCCAAUUCUCCUGCAGCAUUGGCCUGCCUUAUUGCUCACGAUGACUUCAUUGUGGGAGCUGACCAGGUGUUGCAAGAUUCAGAGGAUUUCUUUUCUUUGAUUGAAGCCAAUGAAGGGAAACCUCUGAAGCUGCUGGUGUACAACACACAGACUGACCAAUGCAGAGAAGUAGUGGUGACUCCAAAUGGAGCAUGGGGAGGAGAGGGAAGCUUAGGUUGUGGCAUUGGCUACGGCUACUUGCACAGAAUCCCAACUCGUCCAUCUCUGCCCAACACGCAAUCCACUGUGAUUGACAGCAGUGAAGAGCUGGUUGCAAGCGAGCACACUGAGCAGGUGCCUUCAGUAGAUGCAUGUAGCCCCUCUAGCGUCAGUGAAAUAGAUUUGAAUUAUCAAAUCAAAGGAACUGUGCAGGACAUGAAUGUACCCUCGUCUACUCAGCGAGCUGUGGACUUAGAUAUUUCCAACAUACCCGAAGCGAUGACUCCAGACUUGUCAGACACAGUUUCUCCCAAUGACAUGGGCCAGAGCUCCAUGUUUGCUAAUUAUGGAGACGAUUCUGGUGAUCAGUGUAGCUUGGAUACCUCAUCUUUUGACCAAAGACCUCCAUCCCCAGAGAGGGAAGAAGAAUCAGACAUCCAGGAGACUGAGCAGGAGGAUAUCAUUGACCGGAUCACUCACACUUCUCUGAGCAGAGAGACUCUGGAUGACCUCGCAGGCCUUGAAGUCACUACAGACAACCUGAGUGACACGAGUAUCCCAGAGGUGCAAAAUACUAGUUCUGAGCCCUCAAGCUCAGUGAAUAUUAUGGAGGAAGAGACGGCUGAGACUGCUGCAUCAGAUGGUUAGAAAGAGUAUAAGAAACCUUUUCAACUCAUAUCUGAUGCUAGUUGCAUUAGAGGGGAUUCAGAGCAAAUUAGGAUACAUAAUGCUUCCUUAUGAUUGUUAGUUGCAUCACUGGUAUAUUUUUUCAGUUCAAUUAUAUCCAGCUGCCAUUGCUGCAUGCUGAAUUGCACAUUUUAGAGAGAUAAUCUGUUGACAGGGUGAUGGUUAAUACAAUAUGAAUGUACUCUUUAAUUUAGGCAUACUGUCUCAACAUCAAGCAGGAUGAAGCCUUAGUUGAGCCUUUUGCACUAAAAGGCCAAAGGUGAAAAAUAUUCUAUUAUAUAAUAUGUUUUGUCUGGUCUCUCUCACUAUUAUCAACUGCUGAAUAGUAGGAAACGCUGUUAGAAAAAGAAAGUUUGCGCUGGAGUUCACACAGAUCCAUCAUGUGGUUUUUAUUUGGGGUGAAUGUUUUUAUUUUUGAGUUUGAGAUGAGUACAUGUGAAAAAGAUUUUUUUAUAAUCUCAGGCAUUUACCAUUUAAGCCUUUUUGCCUUGUGUCUCAUUUUAAAAACCCGCCUUUCUUAUGUGUAGGUUUGACUUUUGUUUGGUGUAAAUGAGUGAGCCAUGUUUGAUUCAGCUCUCUCAUUGUUUUAUGUUUCUUCUCUUUAUAUAGAUUUUAAUUCAAUUAUGUUUCUGAUUUUUAUGGAUGGACAAAACUAUUCAAUUAUUUAUAAAAAAAGAUGCUCAAGAUAAACUUGCAGAAUUCAAUUAUUUUCCUCUAUUGGGUUGUAUGCAUGAUUAUAAUGAUUAAGUCUCAGCAUUAGGUGUGGGGUUUACCCACUGAAGAGAAGAUAUAACGACAGCUCACACAUAUCAUAUAGUAGGAUCUACGUAAAUUCACUCUCUAUAAAAAAACGUUACUUCAUGCUUUGAGACAGCAGGUGUCACCAAACACCUCAUUAUAGAUCCCAACCAGGAAAGGUUAUGCCAUUGCAGCUUCAAAAAUUGCUGUCAAAUAUCAUGGGUCUGUAUCAUAUUAGCAAUAAUGAAUGGUGACAUGAAGCUGCAUUAUGUUUCUGCAGAAAUCUCAUCCUCUAUCAACUCUUCAGGGAAUUGUUUGUUCGAUUUAGCAGAACAGAAGCAGCUUGCAUCACUGAGAUAAACUUGACAGCACUGAUGCUUCACAGACCCAGUGACAUGAUGCAUCAUUUGUACCAUUCAUAUAUUACAAUGCUGCAUGGAUUCAGCUUUGGACAUGUAUAUGUUUCCUGCUGAGUUAGCUGGAAAAGCCCUCUUAAAAAUGUAAUCAGAAGCAAAAAGUGGACAUAAAAUAUUAAAAUAGAGAUAUUUUGACUUGGAAACGAUGGUUCUCUUGCUCAUGAUGUAAAAACCUAUGUUUGCAUGUCAUUUUGAUAUUUGAUCUCAACCCCUGAGGAUCAUUGUGUUCUUGCACAUGGGCUACAUGCAGCAUCAACCAUUAAUUAUAACACACACA